AUGCACCAUGGCGUAGAGACAACGUUGGCACGCAUUAGAUCCAAGUACUGGAUUGUCGAAGGGAGACGGUCGGUCAAGCAAAUGUUGAGAAAGUGCGUAGUGUGCACACGUGUGCAAGGACUACCUAUGAGAGCUCCUCCAAGUCCAGACUUGCCUGACUUUAGAGUUGAUCACUCUGGACAUGCCUUUCAAGCAACGGGACUCGAUUUUGCAGGUCCACUAUUUGUCAAAGGAGAUUUGAAACACGAGAAAACGUACAUUCUCUUAUUAACUUGCGCAACAAGUCGAGCCGUACACUUGGAGCUCGUACCGGAUAUGUCGAUCGGUGGAUUUUUACGUGGGUUUAAGCGAUUCAUGGCGCGAAGAGGUAGUCCGGAUGUCAUCAUUCACGAUAACUUUAAAACAUUCAAAGCAGCUGCAGUCAAGAAGUUCAUGUUAUUGCAAGGGAUCAAGCAGAACUUUAUUUUGCCCUUAUCACCCUGGUGGGGUGGGUUCUACGAACGACUUGUUAGGACAGUGAAAACGUGCCUAAAGAAAACUUUAGGAAAAGCAUUUGUAACUUUCGAGGAGUUACAGACUGUGCUCUGCGAGAUUGAAAUGGCUAUUAACAACCGCCCUCUAGCAUACGUUAGUGACGACGAUUUGGACGACGCAUUAACGCCGCAUCAUCUAAUACACGGUCGUAACGCAUUUAAACAAGCGAAAGCAAUUGAUUUCGUUCCGACUAUGGACCUGGAGAAAUGUAAACGUAGAUUGCUUCACGUGCGAAAGGUAUUGAGAGACUGUUGGGCAAGAUUCCGUUGUAGCUAUCUGAAUGAAUUGAGGCAAAUGAAUAUAUAUCGGAAGACAAAAGGUGAAAAUACACGGCGUAUUAGCGUGGGGGAUGUCGUUCUAAUCAAGGAUAACGAAAUUUCGGUGCGCACUCAGUGGAGAAUGGGGAAAGUGUUGGAGUUAGUGAAAGGUCGCGACGGUCAGAUAAGGGGAGCCAAGCUCAAGGUACUCUCCAAGAAGGGAAAACAAACGGCAGUGUUUCGUCCGCUUCAAAGAUUGAUUCCUUUUGAAAUCAACGAAAAUCACGACUGCAUGAGUGAACAGCAACAGAAGGAAUCUAACGAUAGUGUUGAUAAAGACGAAAAUGUGAAUGAACCUGCUGCGACAGUGAACGAGGAAACCAGUGCGAAAAGGCCAACGCGAAAGGCAGCAGUAGAAGGACAAAACUUGCGACGCCUUCGAGAACAAUAUAAUUAA